CGGGGGCGGGCCGAGGGGGCCGGCGGCGCUUCGGGUCUUUUCGUGGGAGCCCGGGCCGAGCGGAGGCGGGCGGCGUCCUGCCCGCGCAGCGGCCUCCCCGGCGGGCCGCGAGAGGAAGCGCGGAGGGGGGCUAGUGCCUGAAGGCCAAGGGCCGCUUCCCCUCAUUCAUUCCGCGACUCCGCCCCGUUUUGCUGCCCCCUGGUGGGCAAGUGUGAGUCCUGCAGCGAAAGGCGCGUCAUAAGGAUCCCCUUGAAAGCGACUCGGGAUCCGGUCGGGCCGCUUGCCCAGCGCUGAGCUGAGCGCUGCUUCCGCACUUCUGAAGCGAGCCAUGGAGGGCUAAUCCGCCUUCGGCUCCGUUGUCUUUCCAUAGCUUGACCCGCUUUGCAAACCCCAUUUCGCCCAGCCGGCUUAUCACGUGGUCUCCUGUCUGUCUCGGCCCAGAAAGUCCGUUCAGUCGGUAACGGCUCCACGUUGUCUGGGAAGUUGCAAUUGAAGCGUCAGCUCGGCACAGUAUGAAGACUUUUGACCAGGGCUCUCCAACCUUGGCCACUUUAAGCCUGGAGGACUUCAACUCCCAGAAUUCCCCAGCCAGCUUUGCUGAAAAGCACCUGAAAAACUUUGCUGGCUGGGGGAGUCUGGGAGUUGAAGUCCUCCAGGCUUAAAGUGGCCGAGGUUGGAGAGCCCUGCUUUAGACUGAGGUCUCUGUGGUGCUUUUCAGGUUCCGCCUCAAAAGGCCACCGUGCCUGAAGUUAACAUCGGAGGGAACUUCCGGUGACUUCUUAAAAAGAACCAUAUAAGGUGCCAUUUUAGGACCAGCAUCCUGCCAAAGUGAUGUGCCCUGUCUACCACCUUCCUAGGUCUUCCUGCCUGCUGGCAAAGAGCUGUUUUCAGGAUCAUUCGAAAGGCCAGAGAACGGGCCCGUCUGAUCUGCGGCAGGAUGAUGGUAUUCCACAAGGCAGAGAAGGUUCUCUUCCUCGUCCUAAUAAAGAAGAAAAUUCGUAGCUCAGGAUUGAAGUGAGGGGCAAGGAAUGGCAGAGCAAGACAGUAGAAUAUAAACAGAGACUAAACCCCACUCCUUAUACCACUGAUGGUGUUACCCGGUUUGGGUAAUGAAACAUCUGCAAAACAACAAACAAAAUAAACAAAACCCCAACCCAAGCUCAGAUAACACCAAGGACCCUUCUUGGCCCUGCCAGACAAUUGGCCCCUCCUUGGCUAAUUGGCCCCUCCUGCCAGCCCUGAUGAAAAGGGGAGAUGCAACUGGGGACAGGCCUCUAGUCACCCAGCCUCAGCCCAUAUGGGGCUUUAUAGGUCAUUGCCUGAAUCUUGAAUCAUCAAUGUGGCUGCGGCUGAAACUCCUUGAGCAGACGGCGUAACAUGCACAAAAUUGUGGACACACGUAACUGCACACACAGCUGCAUUUUGAACUAGUUGAAGCUUCCUAAUAUCCUUCAAGGGCAGCCCUGUGUAGAACACAUUGCAGUAAUCCAUAGGAGAGGUGACUAAAUGUGAAUGACAGCCUAUUGCACCAUGAUAAUUUAGAGGCACAGUGAACCUAUUGGCACUGUGAUAGGUUCACAUUCUAGAUUAGGGGAAAAUUGGGCAAGGCAGUUUACAUUUGGUCUGUUAAGGGAAAACAGGCAUAGUAUAGCCAAGAUGUCCAAACCAGGCCAUUGCCCUAAACUAUAUUAUAGCUAGGGAAUGCAAUGUGUUCUAUGCUUUUAAUCCAGUAUUGCAUCAACUCAGCCUGGGAGUCUCCACCCUGAAAAAGAGUGUGAAGGGCUACAAAUGGCCCCUUCCAACAUGUGUCCAUUUGGACAGAGGAACUCUGCUUUAGGAUCAUUGUCAGAGUAAGCUGUGAAUUGUUGAUCACCAACACUCUAAUCUUGUUGGGGCUUGUCACAUGUCCACACUUAUCUGCUGGCCCUCCAGAUCAGUUCCCCAAUCUGAGAGACGGUUUCCCUCACUUACCAAGUUUGAAAUCAGGCAGGAUAUUAUUUUGGUGCAAGAACCCAGUGUCUUUGGAGACCACCUUCUGUCUGCUGGGUAAAGGGCAUCUUCCUUUCAGUGGAAAAACUUGAGAAGAAUAUCUGCACCUUCCUGAGCAGUGACAGAAGAGCCAAGGACAUCCAGAGGUCAUGGGAAAAGCCUCCUGUGGGACAGCUGCCUGCUUGACGCUCUGGGCUCGGUUCUUCCUUCUCUCGGCAAUGGAGCAAACAGCGGAGGCUGCCAGCCGGGUGCAGUGUCUCAACAAUUACGGUUUUCAGGGACGCAGACUGGACUGCCGAUGGCACCGCAAUCAGGCUUUGGAGGGAACUCUGUUCUACCUCAAUUUCUCUGACACCCUUGGACUCUCCAGUGACCUCAUCUGCCCUCUUUCCGCCUCCCCUGGCACCCCUGAUCACUUCAACUGUUCCGUGCACAGCAAGGAAGGCGAGUUCACAGAAAACGAUGAGUACAAAGUGGUUCUGCACGUCAGCUCCUUGGGAGAAAACCAGACCAACGUGAUCUUUCUGAAGUAUAAGCCCAGACUACACAUUCAGUGCGAUCCACCCUUUGAUCUGCAGAGCAAAUGCAGUGACAAUACAUGCUGUGUCCGCUGGAAGAGGCCAAAGGCCUGUGAGGAGAUUUUGGAGGACUGGCAGUGGGAGCUGGCAUUCAAGGCUGUUCAAGAGCCCUGGGAGCAAGCACAGAGAAGGGUCUUCGUCAACUCGGAAACCUGGGUGCACAUAGAAAGCUUUGAGUUCAAGAGCGAUAGAGAUUAUGUUGCAAGAAUGCGCUGCAAAACCCCGGAGGAGAAUCAUCACUAUGGCAGCCACUGGAGUCCAUGGAGUUCCUGUGUCACUUGGACAGCUCACCCAGGUGACUGGCAGCAGCUUGAUGCUCCCAUCUACCUCCUGUUCUGCCUCGGCACCCUCCUGCUGUUGCUGGCGCUGGCCUUUGCCCUCUUCAAGAGGGUGCAGAGGAGCUGCGGGGCCAGCAUCCCCACACCAGCCACCUUCUUCCAGCCUCUCUACCUGGCUCACCAAGGGGUUUUCAAGGUAACGGCCUCCCGCCCUCCAGUGCCGGGCAAAGGAAUCGGCUGUCCCCACCCACCCUUCCUUCCUGUGGCUUUGGCGAGCCCGGCUGACGCUGCUGCGCUCUCCCUUCUGCAGGGGUGGGCAGGGCUGGCCCCGGAGGAGGCAGCGGAGGCAGUUUCUCGGCUCUCCUUUCUGCAGCUGCCCACCUGCACCAUGUCGGGGCCAGCCAAGCAGUGUGCAUCUCCGCUAAUCGAAGAGCUCCGGGGGGCGGCACUGGAGGCUGAGCACCCACCCAGUGACUACUGCACCCUUGGCGGGGCAGCCAAAGGGGUAGCCCCCAUUCCUGCCCACUGGCCCCAGCCGCUGCUGCCUCCCAGUGCCCACUCGGGACCUCCAGCUGGCUCACUUCCCCUCUGCGGCAAAGGCCGAGCCCAGGAGCCGCCCGGCACCCCCGCCGCUCUGGGAGGGCUGCUCCAGGACAGCGGCCGGAGUGGGGAGGUGUGGCCGAUGCAGCCCCUCUUCCUUUGAGGCUCCUAAGUAACGGGAAGCACGGCGUUGGGAAACCCAGUCUGUGAAUGUCAAUGGAAGACUAUUUGGGCAUCAAUGCAUCACAUCCUUUUAUAUAGAUAUAAAAGAAAUAUUUCAUUCAUCAAUUUCAUUGAUUUGUUUUUUUACAAUUCCUCCUUUUAGGAAAAAAGUGGGUUUGGUUAACAGAAAAGUAGAAUUGUUGUGAAAGAAAACUUACAUGUUAGUAAUCUAAUGGUACAAUUGACCUGAAUAUAUAUUGUAAGAAUAGUUUUCGUUCAGUGCUUCUGCUUUCUCUUUUCCUUUUGCAUAUAAUAAAAUAAAAACAUGAGGACGGACGGACCACGAUUGAUAGAAAUUUCUUGCUUGAGGGGACUGGACUCCAAAACACUGUGCAAUUAUGGGGAGCUGCCCUGCCUGCUGCCUUUGCAGCAGCAAGACUGUUGAUUGGACAAUAUUGGAAGAAAGAAGAGGUACCUACAAUAGAAGAAUGGAUACUGAAAGUCAUUAAUUUGGCUGAGAUGGCUAAAAUCUCAGCUUUUUUAAAAGACAAUACGCAGGAAAGAUAUUUAAUUGAAUGGAAAAAAAUGGAUUGAUUAUCUACAAAACAGAUAUCAGAUUAAGAAAUAUCAGAUUACCUUUGAAUAAUUAGAAAGUUAUUUUAUUUAAUGGGGAGGGGGUUGGGAGAUGAAAAGCUUUGGAUGUG